UAGCGUCACGUUCUGACAGCGCCGCUCCCGCGGGUUCGGAGUUUUUUUGGCUCCCGGGAAAGGCUCCAGUCCUCGGGGAUAGACGGCUCAGGUUCGAACGCCUCCGUCCAUUCCGCGAGAAGCUCUCUCGUGUCCAGGAACACCUCCGCGGCGAUAUAUACUUUUUAAUAUUAUCAUUUCUUUCGUUUAUUUGUCUUUUUGAUGCAGAAGAGCCGCCUUUUUUUCCAGAAGUGGUCCAUUCAGCAGUGUCCUCGAGGUUCAUUAUUUAUUACCAUUAUUAUUAAUAUUAUUAUUAUUAUUAUUGUUAUUUUGAUGCUGCUCUUGAAAAAGAAGAAGAAGAACAAGAAGGAUGACACCACACUGAGAGCAUCACCUGAGCACGCCGGGCGACGUUUGCGUUUUUAACAACAACACCAAGAAGAGAAAACAAAAAAGAGGAAAAGGACAGGAAUAAGGACACAUCGCGAGCUGAACUACUUCUCCCGCGAAAGGACCUCCUUCUAAGUGCGGCGCGCGCGCGUGUGCGUGUGCGUGCGCGUGUGUGUGUGUGUGCAUGUGUGUGUGCGCGCGCGCGGGCGCGCGCGUGUGUGUGUGUGUGUGAAGUGUUUAUGUCGUGCCAACACGGGACAAACCCAAGAAGGAGGCAACACUUGAGGAGCUGGUCUUGCUGAUCGCUCACAAGUCCAGGCUCUUGCACUUGCGUCGUCGCCGAAGAGGGAGAAAAAGCAGCCCGGCCGCGUCCCCGAGCAUCACCCCGUUGGGCAGGAUCUGGUGUUUUUGCGCACAAAAAAAACUGUUUUAAUGUUUGGGAUCCAGGACAGUAUACCGCGAGGAGGGACGACCAUGAAGGAGGAACCCCUGGGCAGUGGGAUGAACCCGGUCCGGUCGUGGAUGCACACAGCUGGCGUGGUGGAUGCAAACACGGCCGCCCAAAGCGGCGUGGGCUUGGCUCGCGCGCACUACGAGAAGCAGCCGCCCUCGAACCUGAGAAAGUCCAAUUUUUUCCACUUCGUCCUGGCCCUGUACGACAGGCAGGGGCAGCCCGUGGAGAUCGAGCGCACCGCUUUUGUGGACUUUGUGGAGAAGGAGAAAGAACCAAACGGUGAAAAAACUAACAAUGGGAUUCAUUACAAACUACAGUUAUUGUACAGCAAUGGCGUCAGAACAGAACAGGAUCUAUAUGUACGGCUAAUUGAUUCCAUGACCAAACAGGCAAUUAUUUAUGAAGGUCAAGACAAAAAUCCGGAAAUGUGCAGAGUGCUCCUCACGCAUGAAAUUAUGUGCAGCCGGUGUUGUGACAAGAAGAGCUGUGGCAACAGGAACGAAACCCCCUCGGACCCAGUAAUCAUCGACAGAUUCUUUUUAAAAUUCUUCCUCAAGUGCAAUCAGAACUGUCUGAAGAAUGCAGGAAACCCUCGGGACAUGCGCAGGUUCCAGGUCGUUGUGUCGACGACCGUCAAUGUGGACGGCCACGUGCUGGCUGUGUCCGACAACAUGUUUGUACACAACAACUCGAAACACGGCAGAAGGGCCCGCCGCCUGGACCCUUCAGAAGGUACGGCCCCUUAUCUGGAGAAUGCAGCUACCCCGUGCAUAAAGGCCAUCAGCCCCAGUGAAGGAUGGACCACGGGAGGGGCAACGGUCAUCAUCAUCGGAGACAACUUCUUUGACGGCUUACAAGUUGUCUUUGGAACCAUGCUUGUUUGGAGUGAGCUGAUAACCCCCCAUGCUAUCAGGGUACAAACCCCACCCAGACACAUUCCUGGAGUUGUGGAAGUCACCCUCUCGUACAAAUCCAAGCAGUUCUGCAAAGGGGCUCCGGGCCGCUUCGUCUACACCGCUUUGAACGAACCAACUAUUGACUACGGAUUCCAGAGGUUGCAGAAGGUCAUUCCGAGACAUCCAGGUGAUCCAGAGAGGUUACCAAAGGAGGUGUUGCUGAAGAGAGCAGCAGACCUUGUGGAAGCUUUAUACGGAAUGCCCCAUAACAACCAGGAGAUCAUUCUGAAGAGGGCAGCUGAUAUCGCGGAAGCCCUGUAUAGUGUACCUCGCAACCACAACCAAAUUCCGUCGCUCGCCAACACUCCGGCGCACAGCGGCAUGAUGGGAGUGAAUUCCUUCAGCAGCCAGCUAGCAGUCAAUGUAUCAGAGACAUCGCAGGGAAAUGAUCAAGUGGGCUACAGCCGCAACACAAGCAGUGUGUCACCACGCGGCUACAUCCCCAGCAGCACCCCGCAGCAGUCCAACUACAACACGGUGAGCAGCAGCAUGAAUGGCUACGGCAACGCGGGCAUGCCCAACCUGGGAGUGCCCAGCUCCCCGGGCUUCCUCAAUGGCUCCUCAGCCAACUCACCCUACGGCAGUAAGUAUCAAGUAGUGCCUUCGAGCCCUACCAUGGCUGCCUCCUCGGUCACCCUGCCGUCAAACUGUAGCAGUGCGCACGGCAUUUUCUCAUUCUCACCUGCCAAUGUCAUCUCCGCAGUGAAACAGAAGAGCGCCUUUGCCCCCGUCGUCAGGCCCCAGGCCUCUCCGCCGCCCUCUUGCACCAGUGCAAAUGGCAAUGGACUUCAAGCUAUGUCUGGAUUGGUCGUCCCACCCAUGUGAACAGCACUUUCUCACCUUGUCAAGCAACAGAUGUUCAUGCAAUGGGCUCCAGGUGACCUAUGUAGUACAUACAGAAGAUUCUGGUAGAAUCAGCAUUAUCACGAACAAAAUCAACAACUAAUUCUGUUAUUCAGAAGUAAAAAUGACUUUGUUUCAAAGAUUUUAUUCGAAUAAUUAUUAUCGACUGACAUGCAAGCCACUUCAUGAAGAGUUCCAUUUUAUGGACAGGAUUUUUUUCCCCCCCACCACAUGUUCACAUUUUCAGCUUUGAAGAAAACAAAUGAAGAAGAAAAAAAAGAAUAUUUUGUAUAAUACUUUGGGUUACAUCUGGGAAAUGUUUGUUUCACGCAAUGUACAUGGAGAAACUUUAUGGAUGCACCAUUUGAAUAUAAAAAAGAACACUGAUGAAAACGCCUCAAUUUUUUUUUUUUUUUUUCCAGUUUCCUUACAUAUUGUAGAGUCAAAAAUGAUCUCUUUAAUGUAAAUUUCCUUUUACCUUUUUCUAUUUUCAUUUGUGUCAAGGAAUUGGGGCCAAUAACCGUGGGAGCCAAUGAACUGGAAAAUAUACGAAAUAUAUAAUUUAGAUCAAUAAAUGAACAAAUUCAGGCAAAAUUAGUGGGGAGGUUGGGCAGGGAGGGGACAUUUUAUCAUGCUCAUGUCAUCUUAAGAAUGAACUUUGUAACUUAUUGUAGUUAGAAAUUGUAACUUUGAUAUUGCAAAAAUUAUUCUCUUGCCUUCAAUGAGCACACUGACAGAGAGAAAAUGCAACUGUCUGUUGGUCAAAAAAUACUUCCACUGCUAGAGCUUCCUGUAAAGCAAGUGUGAUCUGCAACGUUUUUCGACUUUUUUGCUAGCACUGUAUAUUAUUGCAUUCUUAGGCUACUGUGAAGUCUGUUUCUUGUACAAGAGAUUUGUCCUUUUACUUCUAGCUCCUAAUUCCCCAAUGUGUUUUGUAUGUGGUAAUAAAAUUGUAGACUUUUGUGAUUUUGCCAAAGUUGUAGCUAAAUAUUUAUAUACUUGUCUUGAUUUUUUUUUUUUUUUUUUUUGAGAUCCACUCAAAUAUAUUUAGUACAGACUUGCACUCCUUCGAUAAGGCAAAGGAGUGGGGAAAAGUCUUAUUCAUGGCAAUGCUUUCUUUCACGUACAAACCUGUGGUCACUAAGGGAAUUUUUUUGUAACAUAUCAAUUAUAAAUAUUGUAUUUAUCUUUGAAAUUUUGUAUAUUGAUUUCCAUCUUUUUAUUUGAUCUUGUUUGUAUUGUUUGUCAUGGCCUGAUAUCGUGAUGCAGCACACAGAGUUAAGCCAAGAACUGUUGCCUUCAUUUACUUAUUUUGUAUUAAUAGAAUGCAAUGUCCAUAAAUUUCAUUUGUAUUUCAGAAAUUUUGUUACUUGUCGACUUUUCAUUCAUAUUUUUAAGGAAAGUCAAAUUCAUUGUUUAUUUUUAUAUUGAUUUUUAAGUUAUCAGAAAAGAUUUUGGAAUAAACUGUUUGUUGUAUAGUCAAAUAAAUUGUUUGUGUCAUAUGGCUGUAAUAAUUCAAGUAGAAUAAUGUGCAUGUUAAGCAGCCCCCGGGGGAAAAUUCAGUUUGUGGUUGUAAAUUUUUUUUGUAGAAUGUAAAAAAAAAAAAUCAUUUUUACCUGUCAAUCAUGACGCCACAUAGCUUAAUUGUGUUUACAGGGAAUCAAGAUGCCGAAAUUUGGAAUGGAAAUAUAAAGAAAUCACUGAUGUUUUAAUAAAAUUUGUCAAAAAAGCAAAAAAAAAACUUGUAUAUUGCCUUAACAGUGGGCUUCUUGGGAGUAAAUUUUCUGCUGUUUUAACAAAAACUUUAUGCCACUGUUGUUGAUCACCACUCCAUCGAAAUUGUGUGAAAAGCACAGACAUUUUGCUAAAAUAAAACUUAACUAA